CAGCAGAGCCCCAAAGCAAGGGGAAGAAGGCUUCCAGUCCAAUCAAGCCCCCGAAGGGUCAAGGAUACAAGGAGUCGAGGCCUCGGAGGAGAGCGAGGUCGACAUGGGGAUCGUGGAGACGUGGGUGCGCGAGAAGCCCAUCCGCACCUUCCUCGCCCGCCUCUCCCGCCAGUCGGCCGCCGCCUUCGUCGCCUCCACCACCUCCCGCUCCCCCGCGGCGGCCGAUGGCGAGGGCGAGGGCGGCGGCGCCGACGGAGGCAUCCCGCAGCUCUCGUCCGUCGCCAACUCGGUUGUCUCCCGCUGCUCACGGAUUCUUGCUGUUGCAACUGAGAACUUGCAGCAAAGUUAUGAGGCUGAUUUCCCAGAUAAUUGUAAGGAACCCAAUACAUAUGCCAGAGAACUAUUAGAGUACUGCUGCCACAAAGCUCUCCAUGAAGUAACUACACGUCCAGACUAUUUGGCUGAUAUGAAUCUUCGUCGUUUAAUGUUUGAUAUGAUGCUUGCUUGGGAAAACCCAGGUUCUGAGGAAGGAUUGCUAAAAAAUAAUUCUACCUUGUGUAAUCCCGUGGAGAUUGAAGAUGAAGAUGAGGGAUCAAUUUUCUAUACGAAUUCCACAAGUUUAGCUGUUCAAGUUAACGACAUGAAGACAGUUGGCUUAAGUGCUUUUACACGAAUAGCGCCUUCAUGCCCAAUAAUAGCUGACUUGGUUACUGUCCACAAUCUAUUUGAUGCACUUACGUGUUCAUCUGGUGGCCGUUUACAUUAUUUCGUAUAUGACAAGUAUCUCAAAAGUUUAGACCGGGUAUUCAGAUCUAUCAAAGGAGUUAUGCAGUCAUCACUUGCUUCAAGUUUUAAUCUUGAUGCUGGGGAAUGUAUCUUAGCUAUUGAUGGUGACAAGCCUAUUCAUCCUGUAUUGCAGCAUAUUGGGAUAUCAGCUUGGCCAGGAACAUUGAUCCUUACAACACAUGCUCUUUAUUUUCAAAGUAUCAGAGUUGGUUAUGGUGAUAAGAUUGUUAAAUAUGAUUUAGCAACAGAUUCAAAUCAAGUGAUCAAGCGAGAUUUUACUGGACCAUUGGGUGUUCGUCUGUUUGAUAAAGCUGUGAUGUACAAAUCAAGCACUUUAACAGAACCAAUUUAUUUCGACUUUCCUGAGUUAGGGAGCCCCUCACGAAGAAACUAUUGGUUAGCAAUCACUCAUGAAGUAAUGCAGGUGAAUAGAUUUAUCAGAAAAUUCAACCUUGAAGAUAUUCAGAGAGCAGAAGCACUCUCAAAGGCUAUCCUGGGCAUCUUGAGAUACUCUGCUGUGAAAGAAGCUUUUCAUAUUGCUCCAUCUCACUUUAAGACAACACUCACUUUUAGCUUAGCUGAAAAGCUCCCAAAAGGAGAUAUGGUAUUAGAGGCCCUAUACAACAACUACUUCCAACUGUUGGACACUUCGUUGAGCCAUUUGGCAACUGAGCCAUCAGUUGACAAAGCACCGCAGACUCAUUCUGUACCAUUUUCAUUAUAUGCUCUCUCUAGAAUGGGAUUUAACUUGCUGAAGAGAAAAAAUGAAACUGAAAAGGAGAUAAGCUUUUGUGCUGUUUGUGUUGGUGUGACAAAAUCUCUGGAGGCUGCUUUGCAAGAGUCAUUUCUUUAUUCUGAAAGAAUAGAGGCAGCACGUGCUACGGUUGAUCAAGUGAAGGUGGAAGGUCUUGAUGCAAAUGUAGCCCUCAUGCAGGAGAUACUUUUUUCGUUCAUUCAUGCAGGCAAACUUAUUUACUCUUUAACCAAGUGGGAAGAUCCUCUAAAAUCAUUUUUGUUCUUAGCUUUUAUCCUCUAUGUUAUCCAAAGCGGGCUUGUCAGUUACACUGUGCCCUCUGUUUUCAUAGUCUUUGCUGUCGUUAUGCUUUGGCAUAAGUACAGUGAAGAAGGAAAACUGUUGGAAGUGCUUGAAGUAAGACCUCCUCCAACUAAAAAUCCUGUCGAGCAAAUCUUGAUCUUGCAGGAAGCUAUAUCCAAGUUGGAAGAUACCCUACAGGCUGUAAAUAUUCUUCUUCUCAAGUUCAGAGCUCUCUUGUUUGCAGCUGUUCCAAAGGCAACUGAAAUAGUCGCAGUGGCACUUCUUGUUGCAGCUGCGGUUGUUGUGUUGAUGCCUCCUAAGCAUCUGCUCCUGAUGGCAGUCCUGGAGGUUUACACGAGGGAGAUGCCACUAAGGAAGCAACACACAGAGAAGUUCCGAAGACGAAUUAAAGAGUGGUGGGCCCGUAUUCCAGCUGCUCCUGUACAGAUGAUCAGACCUAACGAAGACAAGAAGAAGAUGUGACUAUGAGCUCUGUGUCCAUUGCAACUAGGAGCUCACAAUUUUCCCCAAUCUCCUAGCCAGCUAACAUGUACAGAUUAUCACCCUUGAUUACCCUGAGAAUCGUUUCUACUCCCUCCGUCCUAGUGUCAAAAAACAUCUUACAUUAUACUCCCUCCGUCCCAAAAUAAAUGUCUCAAGCUUAGUAUAAUUUUAUACUAAAGUUAGUAUAAAGUUGAGACACUUAUUUUGAAACGGAGGGAGUACAUUUGUAGUGCUAAAUGCUAAUGAUGUCUCCUGAUUAACAAUGUAAUCAUUGUACAUCUGUCAUUGUUAUGGAUGCAUAAAAAGCUACAAAUAUGUCUAUACAACAGUUGCGUUGAAUUAUUGGA